AUGACUCCAAAGGUUUCAGUGGCAGUGAUGAAGCCUGGAAGAUACUGGGGGGAGACCAACGUGACCCGGGUCCAGGAGUUCAUCCUGCUGGGCUUGUCCACAAGGCCAGGUCUACGGGGAGUCCUCUUUGCAGUGUUCCUCACCCUCUACCUGCUGACUCUCUUGGAGAACACCAUCAUUAUCUUGCUCAUCUGGAGCCACACAGAACUCCACAAGCCCAUGUACUUCUUCCUGGGGAACCUGAGCUGCUUGGAGAUGUGCUAUGUCUCAGUCACGGUGCCCACCCUGCUGCUCGGGCUGUGGUCAGGCUCUUGCCACGUCCCAUUCACAUCCUGUAUGACUCAGCUCUUCUUCUUCAUCACCCUUAUCUGUGCCGAGUGCACUCUCCUGGCCUCCAUGGCCUACGACCGCUACGUGGCCAUCUGUCGUCCUCUCCACUAUCCAAUACUCAUGAGGCCCCAGGUCUGCCUCUCGUUGGCCAUGGCCUCCUGGAUGGGCAGCCUCAGUGUCUCUGUGAUCAAGACAGCCUGCAUUGCCGGCCUUUCCUACUGUGGCCCCAACGUCCUCAACCACUUCUUCUGUGACGUCUCCCCUCUGCUCAACCUCUCCUGCACCCAUGUAGCCCUGACUGAGCUGGUCGACUUCAUCUCGGCGAUCGUUAUCCUUUGGGGCUCACUGCUGGUGGCCUUGGCUUCCUACACGGCCAUCGGGGGGGCUGUGGUGCGCAUGCCCUCGGCUGCUGCCCGGCACAAGGCCUUCUCCACCUGUGCCUCCCACCUCAUUGUGGUGGGCAUCUUCUACUCAGCCACCAUCUUCAUCUAUGCCCGACCCAGCAGGAUUGAAGCCAUGGACCUCAACAAAGUGCUGUCUGUCAUCUACACCGUGCUCACCCCCAUGUGCAACCCCAUCAUCUACUGCCUAAGGAACAAGGAGGUCCAAGGCGCUUUACGUAGGACACUCCACAAGAUUGGGUUCAGCCAGAGCUAUGACAGUUAA